AGCCUUCUCAUUGGCUGCCGAGGGUCCCAGUUCCAGUCUGUGAAUCUCUGGGCUGCUGCCUCUGCUCUCCCCUGGGAAGGCAAAGCAGGCAAGGGCGGGGAGAGUGGAGUGAGGCUUCAGGUGUGUCUGACAAGGAAGCAGGUACGCCUGGUGGCCGCAUUGGGCAUUCCAGAGGCAUCUGGAUGUGCUAGCGCCAAGCCUGCAACCUGGAAGCCUCGUGCUCUGCCCAAAUUUCUUCAGGUUUCUCUUAGGACUGGAGCCCAGAACCCACUGGCAGCUGUCACAGAACUGGAUCCGUCCCCCAGUGGAACAGGGAACGGUGUCACUUAGAAUUCCUGGGUAGCACAUUCCUUCACUGGUCCUUGUCACACUCAUGGAUGAGGCUGUUAUUGGUCCCUCGCUCCUGCAAGCUUCUGCAGAUCCAGAGAGCAAGCGGCAGCAGGAAUGACAGCUCUGAGAGCAGAGGCAGCCAGGGACAGUAAGGGCAAACGAGUCGGGUCCCGGGGGUUGCGGGGGCUGGCCCCAUGUGCAGAUUCAGAUGAGGUGGGGCUUGCGCUCAGGGUUUGCUAGGGUUCUUUUUUGGAACCUGGGCUGCUAGACCUGACAGGAGCUCUGAGCAAGGGGGAGGGGAUAGAGAGGGAGGAAGGGAACGAGGGAGGGGAGAGAGAGAGAGAGGGAGAGAGAGAGGGAGAGAGAGCCCUAGCAGGCGCUAGCCCAAGUGAGAGGUUCAGAUUUGGACAAUACUGUGCCAAGGGCACAAGUGGGAUUUGGAAGAGCCAUGUGUGUAAGAAGCAAAGCUGAGGUGAUGUAAGCACCUGGGGAGGAGCACAGGUCGAGGAGGAGGAAGAGGAGGAGGAGGAGAAGGAGGAGAAGGAGGAGGAGGCGGUGGCGCGGCGGCCGCGGUGGCUGCUAGUCCAGAACAGAAUGAUGGGCAACUCUCACCACAAGCAACCGAGGAGUAAGAGCCAAAGCAGCAGGAUGCAUUCAGCAACAGCUGCAGCUAACUCGGGUCGGGAAAAUGCGACAGCGACUGCCCACUCGAGGUCGUCAUGGCGACAGCCAGUGAACGUGUUCCUCUCCUCGGGCAGGCCCCCGAGUGUAGAGGAACUGCUUCGCGAGGCGCAGCUCAAUCUCCAGAGCCUGUUGCAAGAAGAAUAUGAGGAACAGUACUCAGAGGCCAGACUUCUGGGGCAGACCUUCCGCUCUUCAGAUGAGGCCCCUAAGCCUACUCCCAGCCCAAGGCCCCAGUCUGCCAAGCGCCUGGAGUUUGUAUUAAUGCCUGCAAAACGGCAGCUGAGCGAGGAUGAGACUGCGACCCAGGGCGUGAGGGCCCCCGAGGCCUGCCUGAACCUGUCUACAGCCGACAAACAAACUGCCUGGAAUGGCCCCUUCCCUCUACCCAUCCUAAAGGAGAAGCUCCGGCUUCAGCCCUGCUCCACGCAGUCUGACCUUGUGCCCAUCAACAUCUCUGGGCAGCAGUUUGAUAGACAUGCAAGUUUUCGACACUCCUUGUUUAACACAGAGACAGCCGUGAACCCCAAGUCCACCCUGAGGCGGAGGCGGACCAUUAUUGGAUUCUCUAACUUUUCUCAGCGAGACCCAGGUCACAGCAACAGCCCAGCAGGCAGUCUGGCCUGCUCUGCCACCUCAGACAUCAGGCCUGGCCACUCAGCUCAAGUUGUUCAGGGAAGAGUUGCUAUUGGGCAAGAAGCUCGGUUCCCAAGUCUCACCUCGCCAGGACUGAGACACCCUUCUAGUGAGCCUGCAGACCCUCACCAGGCACGCAGUGGCCCAGACCCUCCUGGCAUGGAGAGCAUGGCAAUGGUGUACAGUGUUCCCAGUUCUUGCAAUGGACCAACAGAGUCAACAUUCUCUGCUUCCUGGAAGGGAGAUGCUUUCACAUACAUGACUCCAAGUGCCAGCAGCCAGGGCAAUCAAGCCAGUGAAAAUGGAAAAAAACCUUCCUCUGGGAAUUCUUGGGUCUCUCUGAACACACUCCCACCUCUGGUCCCUAAGGAGGCGGCUACCCUCUUUGUCACCCGUGACAACCCAGCAGGAUGCACUGGUCUACCCAGCUACUCUGAGCACGCCACUCAACGAAGGCAAAUACCAGAAAGACCUCCCAAGAUUGGCCUUCUGGCCCGUGGUACCUCAAGACUGGAAACAGGUCCAGGUGGGACCAACAGAUUCCGGGAGCGGUCACUGUCUGUGCCCACAGACUCGGGUGUCACCUCAGUGGACUAUGAUGAAGAACAGAAGGCUAGUGAGGCCUGCAUCCUGCCUUAUGCCAGUACAAGCUCUGAAGGCAGCAACAGUACCGACAACAUUGCAGCCCUCAGCACUGAGCAGGAGGCGCGGCACAGAAGGCAGAGAUCCAAAAGUAUUUCGCUCAAGAAGGCCAAAAAGAAGCCCUCUCCACCCAUGCGAAGUGUCUCACUAGUCAAAGAUGAGCCAGUCCUCCCACCAGAAGGUGAAUUGGCACUGCCCAAGGACCAGAGGCCCAGGAGCCUUUGCCUCUCCUUGGAACACCAAGGGCACCAUCCAUCUCACCCAGAUGCUCAAGGUCACCCAGCCGUGCCAACUCUCAAGGAUCCAGAAGGUACACAGUUCUCUCACCACUGGUAUCUUACUGACUGGAAGUCUGGUGACACCUACCAAUCCUUGUCCAGCUCCAGCACUGCCACCGGCACCACAGUCAUUGAGUGCACUCAAGUUCAGGGAAGCUCAGAGUCCUUGGCCUCCCCUUCCACCUCCAGAGCAACAACACCCUCCCAGCUCUCUAUUGAGGUGGAAGCCAGGGAAGUAACUUCCCCUGGAAGGCCCACUGGACUGAUGUCCCCUUCCAGUGGCUACUCCAGCCAGUCAGAGACUCCCACACCCACUGUCUCCAUGUCUUUGACCCUGGGUCACUUACCCCCUCCAAGCACGAGCGUCCGAGUACGUCCAGUGGUACCAGAAAGGAAGUCAUCACUGCCCCCAACAUCCCCAAUGGAGAAGAUCUGCAAGUCACGGUUAUCAUUUGACCUACCACUGACCUCAUCAACCACCCUGGAUCUGUCGGGGAUGAGUAUUUCCAUCCGUAGCAAAACCAAGGUGAGCCGCCAUCACUCUGAUACCAAUUUUGGAGCCAAACUGGCACAGAAAACUAGUCCAAACCAGCCAAUCAUGCCCAUGGUUACUCAGUCUGACCUCCGUUCUGUUCGCCUGAGGUCAGUUAGCAAGUCUGAGCCAGAAGAUGACAUUGAGAGCCCAGAUUACACUGAGGAACCUGGAGCUGAAGAAGUCUUCACCUUGCCAGAGAGAAAAGUGAAGCCUCCCAUAGCCGAGAAACCUCCACUGGCCCGAAGGCCUCCAAGUUUGGUUCACAGGCCGCCCUCUCUCCCUGGGGAGUAUCCACUAACCUCUCCUACUAUGGCUAUGACACCCAGGAGCUCCGCUCCACACAUGAAGCAGCUCCCCCAAGACAGCUACACCGUGUUGCGGAAACCAAAGUCACCCAGCUUCCCCAGUGGCAGGAGUCCUGGGGAGUCAACAGCACCCUCCACCCUCGUCUUCACACCUCUUGCCAGUUCCUCUGGUGCUUUCUUCUCAGGAACACAGCAACCUCCCCAGGCCAGUGUAGACGACGGGGGCUCCAAGGUGAGAGCCCUGCCUGAAAGAAUCAGUCUCCAGAGCCAGGAAGAAGCUGAGAAAAAGAUGAGCAAGAUUCCACCUCCAGUACCAAAAAAGCCCAGUGUGCUCUACCUGCCUCUCACCUCCCCUGUAGCUCAAAUGGAUGUCUGCAUGGCAGAACCACGGCCGCCUUUCAGCCCCAUCAUCACCCUGGAGGAAGAUGCCAAGUGUCCUUCCACUGGUGAUGACCUGAAGUCACCUGGUAAAAGGAUGACUUCGCCUCUUCACAUUGACAGUGAAAAGGAGGCCAUCUCUCCAGGGAGGUCUGUAGAACCAAGCACCGAAGAGAAAAGUUUAAUCAGUGAUAAAACAGCCGAGUGGAUCUCAGAGGAAGAUGAUGACGUGUUUGUGGCUUCUCGAACAACAGAAGAUUUAUUUACUGUGAUACACAGGUCCAAAAGAAAGCUACUGGGCUGGAAAGAGCCCGGGGAGGGCUUCACAGGCAGCAGACCCAGCUCCCAUUCACCAGUGAAGAUUACAGCUGAUUCUCCCACCAGUGAGUCUGCUGCUGCCUCGGGGCCAAGUGGCAGUGCCUGCCUAGAUGCUGGCAGAAAUGAUGAUUUCAAGGCCUUGCUCCAGAAGAAGGGAAGUAAGGCAACUCCUAGGACCCGCCCCUCAGCGGCUGAGCUGCUGAAGACCACUAACCCUCUGGCUCGAAGAAUCAUUGCACAGUUCUCAAAAGACUAUGAAGCCACUGACAACCCCAGUACCUAAGCCCUGCUUCUUACUUACUAGACCUGAGUAGAGAAGGGGGAAGAUAGAGGGCUUUAGAAAAGAACCAACCACAGGAAUGACAAAAGCAUCUACAUGUCUUUGACGUUAACUCACACUCUGGAUAGCAGAGAGGCCAACAUAACACAACUGAGCUUACCAGGCACUCUGAUAGGCUUCAGACCAUCUGCGUUUCCAUGCUUCCAUCCUUGCCAUGACUGAGUAUCGGGGCCCUUCUUAUCCUCUCCCAGCGCUGUGCACUAAGAAGGGACCCUUAGAUAUGAGAGCCUGUAUGCCACCUUUUUCAAUGUCCUAGCUGUUUUGUCCACUGGCUCCUGUUACUGAGAGGCACGGUGGGAGAACAGAUUGGGGACUUCCAAACCAGAGCUGGGGACAGAGGGUGCCAAUUCCAUUGCUGAUUAUCUGUUCUUCUGGGGUGACCUUGAUGGCCCUAUGUGAAGACACAGCCGGACACUGAGGCCUACUCAACCACAGUGUGACUUUCCUCCAGAGAGAGUUCUGCAGGAGGCAUGCACUAAUCUCAGCAUGGGGUUGAUUAGAUGGCUUUUGUGGUGCAAAAUAUGAACGUGACUCCUCCAAAACUCCAUGCCUUUUUCAGUUUGAUUGUCGAUGCGGAGAUCAGGGUGAUGAGUUUUAAUAAACUUUUAGGACCCUC